AAAUCUAAUUAUUUAGGGUCUGUUUCGGUGAGUAGGUACAACCAACAGAUUUUUCAGUAGAAUUUUCCAAAAUGCCUGGCCAUUAAUUUAAAAGAAACUUACGACCAAAAAGAAAUCGAUUUUAAUCCAAAAUCUCUGGAGCAACCUCUGUUUUUACCGAAUUCAACGAUUUUUUUAGACGUUACCUACUCACAAGGAUUAUUGAUAGGUAGGAUAAAUGCUACCUAACAAAUAGGUAUAAACAAUUAAAAUUUACAGUAAUUUCUUGGACUCAAACUAACUUUAUGAUGUCACGGUUAUCAUGUUAUCAACAUUAUCACGAACUCUCAAGCUACUAAGUAGGUACCUACAAUACAACUCAACAACGAAGUAAACAUAUCAUAUGCACAUACUAACAAUCGAUCCUACUAAUAUAAAAUCCAAAGCAGGAAUUCUGUAACCAGUUUUCUCGCAGCAUCUGUCUUCCGUUACACGUGUAUACGUAGCGAGUGAAUGUAUUCAUCAGAACACUAAGUGGCAGUAUCAAGUGAAAUGUUGAAGCGAACCUACGUGUCGUUGAAAUGACGUAGUGUGCGAUCUACGAGAUUUCGAGGUCGGUGGAAUCAGUGCCUGUGUUUGUUUUCAUCAUUACGUCAUCGUAAAAAUACUUCAAUCUCAGAUUCGUCUUUCGCAGUCACGAAUAGUUACCAUGGAACAUUCACGCUUGUAAACGUUUGACGUGUAAGAAAAGUUUUGUGUAUCGAAGAUGUUGCAAUCGUGUUGGGAGUGCCUUGCCGGAAACCGAAGGCCAGUCGACGAGCCUUACUCAGCCCCAGAUAAUAUACGAAUAAACGGGAACGGGAACGUCGGCGUCGGUGUUCGGGCUCCGCCGUGGCCUGUACCACGACUCCAGAACGAAAAAAUGUAUUUGUUACCAAAACAAUUGGAGCCGCAUGACAGUAUUAUCAUCCAGUGCCAAAUUCAAAAUGAACCAAACAAUUUGACGUUUGGAUUAGUGACUGGAAAUGGCCAUCCGGAUUCUAACAACCUUGCCUGUCAAUUAGAUAUGAAUGAGGAUGGGACACUACAAAUAACAACAGUUCAUCAGGGCAACGCCACUGUUGUGUUUUCAGGAGAGACAAAACAGUUUUAUGAAGGUAAAAAAAGUCCCGAUUUCCAAAUGAUGUUUGUCCUAAGGCAAGCUUUUGAUGGUGGGUACGGAUUGAAUGUACAUAUAGGAACUUCAUAUUCAUAUUUGUCAUAUGUGCCAUUAGUACACGAUGUACGCAGUAUCAGAUUUAUAUCUAUAAGAGGUGAUAUUAAAAAGUUAAGACUAGGUUUUGAUUUUGGAGAAACGGACACAUAAGUAUAUCUCAUAUCUAUUUAUAUAUAUUAUAAGUUAAUUCUGUAUGUUUUUCUCAAUUGUCUAACUUAACACAAAACAUAUUAUGAAUCUGUCCAUGGUUUUCAUAUAUAUUGAAGUUUGUAUUAUUGCAGCUAUUGUCUAUUUAUUAAGCUUCAUGCAUUUAUAUUUGUCACAUAGGCGGACUUAAUGCCGUAUUUAAUAUAAGUAAUAUAUAUUAGAGAACAUAUUGGAAAUAUGCGAUUCUAGUAGUGUAUGCACAGAUAAUAUGAUAAUAUUUAUUUUCUUAAAACAGUAGUAUUGUCUAAGAGCAAUGUAUGUCCUACUUAAGCAUUUAGAUAUUUUCCUUUAGAAUUAGUAUGUAGUAUGUAGACCAUUAUUGAAUAAUGAUCUUUCCAUUUUUAUUUUUGAUUCAAAUACAAUAUUUUCUAUUUUUAGUAUUAUCAUUUUUUAUUACAUAUAUAAAUGAUGAGUGAAAUAGAAUUUGUAUGUUGCAAUUGAUUACAACAUAAUUUCAUCAACAAUUAGUAAUUAUUUGAGUUGAGAGUGUAACAUUAAUUUUCUGAAGAGGUUUUGUAUGAAUAGAACCCAUUGUUUAACAAUAUCUUGAAAAUGCGAAAAUAUAGACAAAACGAACAAAAGAAAAUGCACAAAAUAUUUUGUCAUUGCUUUAUGGCAAACACUAUAAAAUUGGUUCUCUUAUUAACAAGUAUUCGUAAAAAAAUCACCUUGAUGUAGACCUUGCUUACAUCAUGUAGCCCUGACCACCAAAGUUAAUUAAACGACGCCACUGAAUAUUCAACCUUAAAACUAGUGACAUACAAUUCAUUUCUAUAUGUGUUGUUGUCGUCAGCCGUGAGAAGACGUGACUUGUAUUAAAAAUGAAUGUAAUUGUCUCAUGAAUCAACAUUUUCAUGAACCUAUGGAAAAUACGUUGUCUUCAGUAGUCUUAUACAUCCCACCAUUUAUUUUAUAUAGAUAUAAAACUAUGUAAUAAAACUAUUGUACCUGAAUACUGAAACGCUACUCAAUGAAGCUAAGUCCAUUACUAUUACUUGUGUAUGAUAGCAAUAGAAAUAAUUAUAUGUAUAUCGGUAAACCCAUUUAAGUGAAUACGUAUCGAGAGGUAAAUAGGAAAAGAGAACCAAGCACGAAUAACUAUCGUAUUCGUAAAGUUAUAGUAUCGAGCACGUUCGUCGCGAGCUGACGCGAAUCGAUACUAUGAAUAAUUUCCCAAUAUCUCUACUAUACACCCCUCUUGUCUCUAUUCACCUCCCGAACACCAUUCACCCUAUUUUACACUGAUUCCAGUAUUCAUUUAGGCUUUCUUUGCGUGUAGAAUAUACUAUUUUAGUUAACAUGUCAACCAUACGUGCGCUUACAAGCAACGGAUCUACCUACGCACUAAAUGUAAAUCGAUUUGACUUAUCCAAUAGGAUUUGAGUAGCUUUUGAGUAUUCUUGUACUGAUGUCUGUUAUAUGAUUGUACAAUACACUUAUGUUUCAAAACAUACAUUUAUUUACUAUUUUUAAGUAUUUUUUUUAAACAUGAUUAUUUUUAAUUUGAUAAUUGUAUACGUAUGUGCCUUUUGUUACUUGCUUAAUAGGCGUAUAAAAUGAACUUGUGACGUGAAGAAUAUGAAUACAAUUUUUAAUCUCAUAA